AAUUUAUGAUUUUUUUUUCUUUCCUUUCAGAGAAUUACCUAAACAUUUACUACUUAAACAGCAACCUCCUAGUAUUGGCGGUGGAGGUGCACAUUCCUCUUCUUCUACUACUGCUGCUGCUGUUGGUGUUACGGAAAUGCAAUUACAUACUGAAUGGUCUGAACAGCAAAGGCGACGUCUUUAUCGAAUUGCUUUAAAUUUUUUUAACAAAAAACCUGAUCGCGGUAUUCAAUUACUUAUUCGUUGGGGUUUUGUUGAAGAAAGUCCUCCAGUAAUUGCUCGACUUUUUAGAGAGAGACGAGGUCUUUCACGACAAAUGAUUGGAGAAUAUUUGGGUACUCUUCGUUCACCUUUUCAUAAAAAAGUUUUGGAACACUUUAUUUCUGACCUUCCAAUGCAUAAUGUUGAGAUUGAUAUAGCUUUACGUCAAUUGCUCAAACAUUUUAGACUGCCUGGAGAAGCACAAAAAAUUGACCAUAUUAUUCAGACAUUUGCUCACAUUUAUGUAGCUUACAACCCUCAUCUUUCUUCAAAAAAUGGUUCUGAUAGUAUGUAUAUUUUGGCAUUUGCUGUAAUUAUGUUAAACACUGAUUUACACACACCUUCAUUAAAAGACUCUAGAAGGAUGAAAUUGGAUGAAUUUAUUAAAAAUUUGUGUAGAGUGGAAGAAGGCAAAAACUUGGACAAGUUUGUAUUUUUUUAAUGAAUUUUAUAGGGUAUGGGGCUUCGGUUUAUGCUUUUCCUAUUUUCUUUUUUAACCUUUUGACAACUAAAAAAAUAAUUUGGAGGUUAAACACGAACAUCCACUUUGAUUUAAUCUUUUUUUUGAUUGAUUAAUUUAUAUUAAAUAGUUGUCAGAGGAGUUAAGAAGAAGGAAAAUAAGAAAGAAAUAAUAAGGGACUGGUCCAUAAAGUAUAUUUUUGGGGUAGUUUAUGUAUUUUUUAUUUUUUUUUGUUGGUUCAAGAACAUUGAGGGUUAAAAAAUCUUUUAAAUUUAUAUUUUUGU